ACGAGACGCGCCGCGACGCGGGAUCGAAAGGCGACCUUUGUCGGGCCGGAGCCAGUGGCAGUAGCUCGCCAGUCAGUCAGUCAGUUUCGCCGUUCGCGUCCCGAGUAGUGAUCAGUGUGCCGCUGUGUCGCGCCCGGCCGGUGAACUUGAGCGCACGCGCCCCCCAACGUACACAAACGGCUUCCACGGUAGAUCCGCGAGCGUUGCACUGUCGGGUUCCCAGGUGAACUACUUCGGAAAUUACUGAAUGCUUUUUCGUCGUGGAUUCAUAUAGUAUACCUCAAGUGAUGUGGCGUCCAUUUUCGGAACUCUGUGUCGGUCGUAAAAAUGCAGCUGUCAAUCCAACAGCACCUCUUGCCAAUGAACUUUAACUUUUUUGAGAUCACACCCAUGGUGAGACAAGCCACGAAAAGGAAGGAUUCUAGUUCGGGCAGCGCAAUCGUUCAAUUUUUUAUACAAAAAGCUCUGGAAUCAGUGAGCUUUGUAGUGCGAGGUACCGUCCAAACUCAGUUGUUCCUCGUUUGGGCUCUGGAUGAAGUAUUUUAAGAAAAUUCCAUCAUAGAAAGCUCCAUCGCGCCCUAAUUUAUUUGAUGUCGUCGAAGUCUUCGAAAACACAACACCAACUAUGCACCAUGCUAUUCUACUCUGAGAAAGUAGAAUAUUGAAGUGAUAUGCUGAAUAUGAUAGUGCGUGCGCAGAUAUUUUGAGCAUACCUCCAUUCCCUCUGAAACAGAAAACAAAGAGUGAUAAUAGUGUAGAACUUAGUCACGUGUUGACUUUCAUCGUGAUUUCACAAUCUACAAGAGCCAACUUAAAUGCAAUUGCACACACGCAUAUGGAUCUUGAUUUGACUUAAAAGCUCAACAUGCAGAAAGCUCAAGUCCGAAAGAACAAAGACACAGCAUAAAUCCAAUCAAAUAUAUCAGCAAGUCACCAAACUUUUGCCCGAGAACAUAUGUCUGAUAAAUUAAUACUCGAUUCUUGGUAUUAAAAAGACACAAACCUUAAAAUACUCAUUACGUAAUUUUUUAUAGAUGGCACGAGUUGAUUACUCACCAAAACCUGUUUCUUUCGCCAUAUUGGUCUCUUCAUAAAGUAAGGUGAGAAAAAAAUCAAAUAUUUGAGCAAAGUCUGACGCAAAGUUUGACACAAAAUCUGACGCCAAGUCUGACGAAAAGCUGACGCAAAAUCCGACGCAAAGUCUGACGAAAAGUUGACGCAAAGUCUGACUCAAAGUCUGACGAAAAGUUGACACAAAGUCUGACUCAAAGUCUGACUCAAAGUCUGACGCAAAGUGGACGCAAAGUCUAACGCAAAGUCUAACGCAAAGUCCUCGAGCUGCCUUUUUUUACCCAUUGGACACCAACAAAGGGCCUUUUUGACGUGAUACCCAAAACCCAGAGACCGCCAAGAUGCGUGGAAGCACAGCGGGCAUCACAGACGGCCUAAAGAGCACCUCCAGGUCAUACUUCCUUCUGCUAAGCUUCCUGGACAUCCUGAUGACAACCAUCGUGAUCUCGCCGCUGGUGAUCAGCUACUGGCGCGGAACAUGGUUCCUCAUGGACAUAUACCUCUUCCCGGAGAGCCCGAUGCGAACAGCCCUCGCUUCCAUCGCCAUCGGGUUCCUCCCCAUCUUCGUGUUCACCCUCCUACAGGGUGCUUUCGCCGAUUGGCUCCACCCGAGUAAACACCGGUUGCUCUGGUACGGCGCGUCGCGGCUCUACACGGCGGCAUUCGGGGUCGCCUGUGUCAACUCGUGGCGCGGAGUAUGGAAGACUCUUGAUCUCUACACCGGACUUGAGACUUUUGAGGUGUCCGCCACCACGCUCUUCGGGGUUCUCUUUCUGCUGUGUAUCAAGUGUCUGCGGAAUAUAUCGGCUGUGCCGUUUGCGAUCGUCACCGACCGCCCGGAAGGAUAUUUCGCCGUGCCAACUAUGUUUAAGACUUCCCCGAAGGACAACAACAUAGUGCUGUACUCUCUCGACUGCUUCUUCAGCGUCUUCAUCAUCGGAUCUUUGCUCGUCUUCGUCUGGAGGGGCGCAUGGACGCUUAUCGACAUCUUCCUCUACCCUGGGGAUCCUGUCUUCAGCGCCUGGUACUCAUUAGUUAUAGGUUACAUAGUAGUUUUCACGACGUUUGCACUUCAACCUGUCGUUAAAAAGUUAGUGAAAAAACUUGAAGGGUUUUGGAGGUUAUGCAUAGUCGAUGCUUAUCUUAUAUUCUCCUUCACGGGGACGAUCAACGUGUGGCGGGGCAUAUGGAACCUGCUCAGCGCUUAUUUUAUACCAAGUUCUCCAACAACGGCAGCUUGGGUUUGUCACGUUGGAUGUUUCAUUCUUUUAAUUUUAAUAAAUUCCUCGAACUCUGUGCUGGUGCGAGGUGUCUACGUAGAUGCUGAAGAGGAGGGAUCAAAAUGCGUCGACUUCCCGUGCUAUUACCUCCGGCUUUUCUUUUUGGCCAGGAGGAAAAAGCACCUAUUGCGUCAGUUCCAGAAGAAACAAAUCCACAGCUUAAAAAGGCGGAAGAGCGAGGUUGACGGUUACUCGGGGGCCACAGAGUCGUCAGCGCCUCAAAAAAGCAAAGUCGAGGAGCCACCAGUCUAGUCAAUCUACAUAGAUAUAACAUAAAGAAAUGUGCCUGCGACACUCAGCGCCUGCGCUAUGUACGCGAGACAAUCAUUGGUUUCUGAAUUUGUGUGUAUUUGUGAACAAAUUGGGGUCAGAUUCUGUGAACCCUCGAACUCUGAGGUAUUGUUACUGGUGGAGAAUUUCUCAACCAGUGCUCUACAUUGGAAAAAAACGCAUUGAAUCUAGACUCCAGACUCUUGAAAACUUUGACAAGAAAAAAUACUCUUGAUUCAAUCAAAAGGAAAUCCG